CGAAAUGCUUUCACUGACUAUAGCCGCCUGUUGUGUAACCGUUGCACUUGCUGGGACAUUCAGUAAUCCGACCUGUGCUCCUGGUCGCAACACAAUCGUGCAUCUCUUUGAAUGGAAAUGGACAGACAUAGCAAAGGAAUGUGAGAGAUUCCUCGGACCGAAUGGCUUUUGUGGCGUCCAGAUAUCGCCACCUAAUGAAAACCGUCUUGUCAAUAACAGACCAUGGUGGGAAAGGUAUCAGCCAGUCAGCUACAAACUGCAAACACGGAGUGGCAGCGAGGAUCAACUAAGGGACAUGAUUUCCAGAUGUAACAGGGUCAACGUCAGAAUAUACUCGGAUACCGUUAUAAACCACAUGACAGGAGUCGGUGGAUCAGGGACGGGGACAGCGGGAUCACAUUGGAAUGGAGACACGUUGUCAUAUCCCGGCGUUCCGUUCUCUGCCUGGGAUUUCAAUACCGGAAAUGAGUGUCACAGCUCCGAUAUGAACAUCCACGACUAUAACAAUGCCGAAGAAGUUCGCAACUGUCGCCUCGUCAGUCUCGCUGAUUUAAAGCUCAGCAAGAACUAUGUCCGAGAGGAAAUUAUUCAGUAUAUGAACCAUCUGAUCGACUUGGGCGUGGCUGGAUUCCGAAUAGACGCCGCAAAACAUAUGUGGCCUGGAGAUCUAAGAGCGAUAUUUGGCACACUGCAUGAUCUAAACUCUGCGGUAUUUGGUUCGGGAAGGAAACCAUUUAUCUUCCAGGAAGUGAUUGAUAUGGGAGGUGCACCAAUUAGUGCGUCGGAAUACACAGGGAUCGGCCGAGUCACUAACUUCAUCUUUGGUGUUAAACUAGGACAAGUCUUCCGGAAUGAAAACAAGGCCAGUAACCUUCACAACUGGGGCGAGGCUUGGGGCAUGCCAAACUCGAAUGACGUCGUGGUGUUUAUUGAUAACCAUGACAACCAGCGAGGACAUGGAGGAGGAGGUGGUCCUUUGACCCACUUCGAACCACGCCCCUACAAACUCGCCACAGCCUUCAUGUUGGCACAUCCAUACGGCUUUACCCGCUUAAUGAGUAGCUACAACUUCGACAGGUCAAAUACUGACCAGGGUCCACCUCAUAAUGGCGACAACAUCAACGAUGUCACUAUAAACGCUGACCUCACGUGCGGUAACGGAUGGACGUGUGAACAUCGGUGGAGAGAAAUCUACAAUAUGGUAGCGUUCAGGAACAUAGUAAUGGGACAGAAUCUACAGCACUGGUGGGACAAUGGUAACUACCAGAUCGCCUUUGGUAGGGGAAACAAAGGAUUCAUCGCUAUGAACAUGGACAACCACAACCUCGACCAAACACUGCAGACUGGCCUUCCCGCGGGAACUUAUUGUGACGUCAUUUCCGGUAGUUACGAUGGUUCUAGUUGUUCUGGAACCGAGAUCCAGGUCGGAAAUGAUGGAAAUGCACAUUUCAGCAUCAGCAACAGUAGCGAUGACCCUAUGAUCGCUAUUCACGUUGGCGCGAAAAAAGGUCAGCCGAAGGUUACGACGUGACGUUACCCCAAUUAUUAGCCUUACCAUCGACAUAGGGCCCGUAACCACCGUCGCCAUCUUUGUUUUAUCAUUGUUCUGCUCAUACGAAAUUAAAUUGUUAUUAGAGAUAAUAUAUUUGUGAUAUGAA